UCGCUUUUGAGAUUCCGAGAAACGCUAAACAUAGACGAUCACAAGACUUCAUUGUUCAGUGUGAACUGCUUCAAGGGUCACAGCUCACUUGUUGUUGACGACAUCAUGGACCUAACAACUUUGUUUCACAAUCUUCGUGAAGAAGUGUCUUGUUCGGUGUGUUCGGACUUAUUUACGGAUCCUAAACAUCUCUCCUGUCUGCACAGUUUCUGCUUAAAGUGUUUGAAAGGAUGGUACGAAACGUGUGGGGGCGGAGACGCCAUUAGAUGUCCAAAGUGCCAAACCUUCAGCGAAGUUCCCGCAAGCGGUGAUCUUAAAGAUCUUCCAACAAGCUUUUAUUUGAACGGCUUAAUCGAUGUCCUCGCCAUCAAAGAAUGCAAAAACACUCAGGUGACAUGCGGAAACUGCGACAGGAAGAGCUCGGAGGCUUCCUAUUGUUUCCAGUGUUGUAUAUUUUAUUGCGAAGAAUGCUUACUCGGUCAUAACAUCAUGCGAGACAAGAAGGAACACCGCGUUUUGGCCGUAAAAGAGUUCCAAGACAGGGACUAUGAAGAUGUGUUAAAGCGACCAGUAUUUUGUUCAAGACAAGGACACCAGAAAGAAGAGCUGAAAUUAUUUUGCAACGAAUGUGAGACGGCAGUUUGCCAAACUUGCGUCAUGCUAGAUCACAAUGGUCAUAAGUUAAAGCUGAUCGAGGAAGAAGCUGCGAAUCAAAGACUCGAGAUAAAAACUGUUAUCGAAACACAACGACACAACUUAGACGAAAAAAUGAACGUUGUCGCUAAGCUAGAUGAAGAUUGUGCUAAAGUGAUUCAACAGAACGAAAAUUUGAAGGGCGAUGUCCAAAGGUUUGCUGAUGGGUUGAUAAAAACAAUUGAAGCAAAAAUGCAAAAUGUUAUUGACGCGAUGGAAAACCAAACGAAGAAGUCACUUGAAAGUUUAAGAGCAAAAAGAGGUGAGAUUCAGCAACAGAUAAAUGUUAUUGAAUCAUCAUUGGAAGAAGCUGAUAAACUUCUAAAACGAAGCACCACCGCGGAAGUUGUUCAGCUUAAGAAAACACUGCAAAUAAUCUUUCAGGGAGUGGAUGAGACAGAACCUAUUGUUCAUGACCGCAGCAGACUGCAAGCGUUUGUUUUCGUAGAAAAUCAGAAGAUGCUUGAUGUCUUCAAGGGCGAAGAACUUGGUUUCUUGGAAGAAGGUUAUCGAACAAAACCCAGCAAAUCUCUGGUUGAAGGUGAAGGACUGAAAGAAGGAACUGUAGCACGUAAAGCACAAUUCAAUUUGAUCACAAGAAACGCAGAGAGAAAGCAGUGCCAUGAUGAGAGGGACCGUGUAACGGUAGAGAUCACGGACGAGCAAGAACGAGAAUGCGUGACGGAAGUAAGAAUAGAUGAUAACAAGGAUGGAAUCUACAACGUCCGUUAUUUUCCCAGAGUUCAAGGGACAAUAAAGUUAUUAGUUAAGGUAAACGGGGAACAUAUUCAUGGUAGUCCUUUUUCUGUGAUUGUAAAACCAUUUCAACUCAAAUAUGUUUCAUCCUUUGGAAAGAAAGGCUCAGGUGAAGGAAUGUUUGAGAAUCCUAAGCAGGUGGCAAUGAAUGAUAGAGGCGAAAUAGUAGUUGCUGACAAUGCGAACCAUCGUGUUCAGAUAUUUGACAGUAAAGGCGUCUUCUUAAGAUUCUUUGGUCGCAAAGGUCAAAAUGCAGGAGAGUUAAGCUUUCCCCAUGGAAUAGCCAUUAAUAAGGAUGGAAAUAUUUUCGUGGCAGAGAAUAAUAACCAUAGAGUUCAGAUUUUUAGUUGGGAGGGGAGGCAUCUGGGUUCAUUUGGCGGCAAAGGAAGCCUUGAAAGUCAGCUCCUUUUCCCUCGGGGUUUAUCAUUAGCUAGUGAUGGUAAUGUUAUUGUUGCUGAUUCAGAUAACAAACUGAUUAAGAUUUUUACACCGGAUGGUGGGUUUGUAAUGAAGAUAGGUGGGCAGGGUUCACUUCAUUAUCCUUUUCACUGUGUUCAGUGUGGUGAAUAUUUCAUAGUGUCAGACUCAAAUGAACAUUGUAUCAAAGUAUUUAACAGGGAGGGGCAUUUUCAGUACAAGUUUGGUAAGCAGGGGGAGGGGGACGGGGAGUUUAAUGGUCCAUCUUUUCUGUCAGUCACUCAGUCAAAGCACCUGUUGGUUUGUGAUAGGGAUAAUCAUAGAAUUCAAGUUUUUGAACUAAAUGGAAACUAUAUUGGAAAGUUUGGCAAAAAGGGAGGCAAAUUGGGAGAAUUUUGUGUGCUAUACGCAGUAGCUGUUGGAAGUAAUAACCAAAUUGUUGUGUCCGACCAACAUAAUCAUCGAAUUCAAAUAUUCGAAUGA